CACUUGAUUGUACAUAGCUUCAUGCACCCUGCCAUCUCCAUCAUCGUCUACAGGCUCCCUAGACAGAUCAGGCACUGUUCCAAAAGGUGAUUCACAACACCGAUUCUGGUCUCUAUGCUUUGAUUUAUCUCUCACGAAACCUUUGUAUACCAAGAAUCCACCAACCGCGACUUCAACUAGCCGCCAACAACCUCGUCGCGCGCCGUCGCAAUGGGUGCCCUCUUGUCUUUGCCGCUUCUGGCGGUGCCCAGCAUUGGUACCAUUGCUUCAUUUGCUGCCAGCUGUUGCGGCGCUGCGACCUGUUCUAUGGUCUGCAGCGCCUGCGGCAAAUGCGGCAAUAGUAUCGCAACCCGUAUCGCCUACGCGCUCCUGCUCCUCAUUAAUUCGAUCAUCGCAUGGAUAAUGCUCACGCCUUGGGCUAUCAAGAAGCUCCAGAAGCUUACCCUCGACUACGUUACGAUUAAUUGUCCGACUGGUGAAUGCCAUGGCUGGUUCGCGGUUCAUCGGAUUAAUUUUGCGCUUGGUCUCUUCCAUCUCAUCCUUGCUGGCUUACUCUUUGGUGUCGCAACUUCAAAAAAUCCCCGUGCUGCUAUUCAGAACGGCUACUGGGGCCCCAAGGUCAUUGCAUGGCUCGCCUUUGUUGUCCUCUCCUUUUUGAUUCCGGACAGUUUCUUCUUGUUCUGGGGCAAUUACAUUGCUUUUGCCGCAGCCAUGCUGUUCCUUUUACUCGGGCUCAUCUUGCUUGUUGACCUGGCUCACAACUGGGCCGAGUAUUGCUUGGCUCAGAUCGAGGAUACUGACUCAAGAGUUUGGCGAUUUGUUCUGAUUGGCUCUACUUUGGGCAUGUAUAUCGGUUCGCUUGCCAUGACUAUUGUGCAGUACAUAUUCUUUGCUCGUGGUUCAUGCUCUAUGAACCAGGCCGUAAUCACCAUCAACCUGAUUUUAUGGCUCGGAAUAUCGGUCAUUUCCGUCAACCCUACUGUUCAGGAGUUCAAUCCUAAGGCGGGACUUGCUCAAGCUGCUAUGGUUGCCGUCUACUGUACAUACUUGACUAUGUCAGCUGUGUCAAUGGAGCCGAACAACGAGUGCAACCCUCUUAUUCAGGGACAGGGAACACGAGCAACCUCUAUUGUUAUUGGUGCAAUUGUCACUCUACUCACCAUUGCUUAUACUACCACACGAGCCGCAACCCAGAGUCUUGGACUUGGCAACUCGAAUGGAAUACAGUUGCCCGACGACGAUGAGCACGGACUUGUGACCCAACAGCCAAGCGCUCGGCGGGAAAUGCGAGCCGAGGCUUUGCGCCGAGCUGUCGAAGAAGGCAGCCUCCCAGCUGACGCCCUGCUGUCAGAUGACGAAAGUGAAGCUGGGGACGCCCCUGCAGGAGAUGACGAGCGAAACAGGACCCAGUACAGUUACUCGGUGUUCCACAUCAUCUUCUUCUUGGCCACUGCCUGGGUGGCUACUCUUCUCACAAUGAACUUUGACGAAUCCACCAAGGAUGGUGACUUUGCGACCGUUGGCCGUACUUACGCUGCGAGCUGGGUCAAGAUUGUCAGUGCUUGGGUUUGCUACGGCAUGUAUACAUGGACUUUGGUGGCGCCUGUUGUCCUUCCCGACCGUUUUGACUUUUCUUGAGCUGUGGUAUGCAUUUGGCGGAGUUUUAAGGCGAGCGCUUGUAUACAUUUAGCUUGGCAGACUGUGUUUUAAGUUGUGUUGUUUCUUAUAUGAAUAAAGAAUCAUUGUACACAAGGUCCAAUAUGAGGCGUGAGCAUGUUUUGGAGCGUAAUACUCCGCCUGGUGCCUACUCAGCUAAUGGCCAAAAUGCGCGUAUUCCUUCACCGGUGAGCCACGUAGGAACAAACCCCGACAUCUCAAUGCAUGUCUCGGGGACCAGCCUUCAAGUGACAGAUGAAAUGAGACAUAGUAGACAGGUAAACAGGACUUACCUCGAAUCAAGAGUGAGCUACGGAGAUUAGAUAUCAAAAGGACCAUUACUUCAUCUGAUUACAUCCAUCUCCACAGUCGUGUAACACUGGACAAGGGGCGGGAGAGUUCGACGAGCAGGAUCAAGCGUGCCCUGGCACGUGGGUGAGUCUAGAUCACCGAUAAAGAAAACCUGAAACUUGACCUGUAUGGCUAUCGAGGCGAUGUUGCUGUUGUGCUCCACCAGAGUAGGCC